UCCGCACAGGCUUGACAACUAAAAUCACGCAUUUACUACAAACUCAGGCUGUGCUUUAUCACUUUUUGAUUUUAUUUUCAGAACAGUGACAAUCUGGAAAUGAUUCUAUUCAAAAGCACACUGUAAAGAGGCGACUAAAGUUCAGAACUCCUGUUUAAUAUCACCUUUUGAUGCACUCAAGACAAAUUUUGCUACAAUGACAGCUCCUUCUGUAUAUCUACUGGAGCUCAUUUGGUUGGUGGGACUAACUCCUCCCAAGAAAAGUGAUGCAGCAUUUCACAGGAUGUUUGGAGGACUGGAGAAGAAAAAUUUCCUUUGGGCCAAAGAGACCAGCUGAAAGCUGACCCAAGAACGAUGUCCCAUGUCUUCAGGAGCCCCACCAUGGCCAGGCUGCUUCUGGUGAAAGCCAUCCAUCAGAACCACAACUCAACCAUAUACAGCAAGCCACCAAAAGAGAAGAUCGGGCCAAUGCAGUCUGCCUUUGCCCUGUCUGCGUUUGCUGUGGUGCUUCUGGUCCCGGCUGGAUGGAUUCUGCAUCAUAUCCCAGAGUAUCGACAGAGAUCACCUCAGCAACCUUAGGUUUGGACAACAAAAUGAAUAAACCUUCAAAAAAACAAAUCCAACUCUACUUUUAUGAAGCUCUUACUUAGAAGAAAAAUGAUGCUGAUUUUUUAAAAUAUAAGAACAUUUAUAGUGUUUUGAGUUUGUUGUUUUUCAUUAAUUUUUUUCUUCUGAUGCUUAAAAUGUUUUGAAUUAAUUGAUUAACCCUUUCAUGCAUAAUGGUCACUACAGUGGACAGGUACUCAAAAUUGUUAUUUAUUUAUUUUUUGCUAUUAAGCACAGCUGUUGAAGACUUUAUUGCAUUCGAGCCCCUCCAUUUGGACUUCAGUAAGUCAAGCCAGCAUAUUUCAUGUUCAGAACCCACGCUGUCCACUGAGGUGGACAUGUAAUAAAUUAUUUGUAAAUUAUUAAAUGUUACAAAAGAUAUUUGUUGAAUUUUGUUUCAUUCACACCUAAAGAUGAAUGAAAAAAUGUUUUUAAAAAAAUCAUGGUUGAAGAUUUCAUAAUUAAUGCAUCGAAGGGAUAAAUGAAGCAUGUGAAGGCCGAGGAUGUUGGAGGAAAAGAUGGAAACUGAAGAUUUUGAAGAUUAAGGAUUAAUAAAACUGCUAAAUAAACCUCACAUUGAAAAAAACUGAUUUGAAAUGAUGAUUUUUUUCUACAGCUCAGCAUAAGACCA